AUGCUUGGCGCGACCAUACAGCAUCAUUUAGAUCUACAGCCUGAGGAAGUGGAAGAUACGGUACAGACUUUGAAAGAUAACACCUACGUUGACAAUAUAAUGCAAAUCGGAAGCGAUGUAUCAGAAUUAGAAAAGUUCAAAGUCGAGGCUACAGAAAUCUUAGAAGGUGCCAAAUUACCACUUCACAAGUGGGAAUCCAACGUAGAAUCGUUAGAAAGUGAAGACAUGCCAAAUCCUUCAAAAAUUCUUGGACUUGCAUGGGACAAGAAAGAAGACGAGUUGUACAUUUCAGCACCAGAAUAUCCUGAAGGAGCGAAAGUUACGAAGAAGUCUAUUGUGAGUCAUCUCGGAAAAGUUUAUGACCCUUUAGGCAUAGUAUCACCCACAAUGGCAGAAGGUAAAAGAAUUUAUCGUGAAGCCUGUGAUGAGACAAAGAGUUGGGACGCGGAGAUUUCAAAGCCCUUAGAACAAGGCUGGUUAAGGUGGACAAGACAGUUACGAACCGUUAAAAUUCCCAGAAGUAUUACCAAGGGUAUUCGAAAGAUUAAACAGGUUCAUCUUCAUAUCUUUGCUGACGCAAGCAAUCUGGCGUGUUCGUGUGCAACAAUAGCAGUUGUUGAACAUUCAACUGAGACGGUGAAAGGGUUGUUGACAGCCAAGGCGCGAAUUUCAAAGAGAAACACGUCAAUCCCGAGAUUAGAGCUAAUCGGUGGUCAAAUGGCUGCGAAUAUGGCAACGAACGUGUGUAAAGCGUUGAAACAACUACCAAUAGCCUCAAUAACCAUAUGGAUGGAUAGCACAGUGGCACUCUUUUGGAUCUUAAAUCCAGCUAGAUCAUGGAAAACGUUUGUAGCGAACCGAGUGAGAAAAAUCGCGUCCAUAACAAGUGAACUCGAUAUCAAGUGGAAAUAUUGCCCAUCGAAAGAGAACGUAGCAGAUUUGGGAAGUCGAGGCGCAAGCAUUAAUCGUAUGGAAA